AUGAAAAUCACCACAUUAUACACCCCAUUUUUAGCAGCUACCGCUUUAGCAACACCAGUCAGCCUUACCAAAAGACAAGAUAUAGACGGUGAUGUAUUGCAAUAUGCUCUUACACUCGAACAUCUUGAGGAUGCCUUCUACAAGGAAGCUCUUUCCAAGUGGUCUGCUGAUGAUUUCAAGAAAGCUGGGUUUAGCAAUGACGUUUAUAAUCAAUUGGAGUACAUUUCUUAUGAUGAGGCUACGCACGUCCUGUACCUUGAAGGCGGUCUUAAGGAAGCUGGAUUGAUGCCAGUCGAAGCAUGCGAGUACAACUUUAACAUGAGUUCAGUAAAGGAUUUCGUUUCGCUUGCAGCCACCGUCGAGGGAGUUGGUGUUUCUGCAUACGCUGGGGCCAGUCUGCUUAUUACGUCCAAGAAUUAUCUUAAUGCAGCUGCUUCUAUUUUGGCGACUGAAGCAAUCCAUCAAUUUGCCCUUAGAAAUGCUGUUGGUGAGCUCCCUAUGGCAAAUCCCUUUGGAACUCCAAUCGGUUUGAACGCUAUUUAUACGAUCGCUUCUGGGUUCAUUACAAAAUGUCCAUCUUCCAAUGCUGCCCUUCCUGUCAAGGGAUACAUGGGACUUACAGUCUCUACCGAAAUGCCACUUUCGAUGGGCGAAGAUGUUUUAUUUAAGGCUGAUGAUGAUGUUCCAUCAGAUUGUUAUGUCACUUACGUUAGUGGUUUAGAUGUAAUUCCAUGUAAAGGUAGUAUGUCAGAUGGGAUGAUCAAGUCUACCAUUCCAAAAGAGGUUAGAGGUCAAUCUUAUGCUUUUAUUACUUCCAAUAAUUCAGGAAACUUAACUGAUUCUAACAUAUUAUAUGGUCCAGCUAUCUUAGAAGUAAAUGCUCCAGAUAUUUCCAAAAUGGCUUCCAAUUCAUCCUCUAUGCCAAGUAACCCAAUGAUGACUGUUCCUGGAAACACGAAUAUGUCUAUGUCGACAGACACCCAAGAUAACGCCAUGCCAUCCGUUGAAGCUAUGACAAAUGCUGCUGCUUCUAAAGGAUCCCUUUCUUUAGCAGCGUUAUCUGUUGGUGUCUUAGCUGCGUUGUAUAUUUGA